AUGGUCGAUGGUUCUAAUAGCUCAAUUGCUCUUGAUGAACCGAGUAAACUUAAACAAUUUUCGUGGGAAGAAUGGGAUUCACAAAAAGUUGCUGUUUUGUUUAGGCUAGGACCAGAUGGUUUACAUCGAAUCGUUGUUCGCCGUUAUAUAGAAACUGUUUUUGCUUUAUCUGAUAAAUGGAAACAAUUAUCAUAUUAUUUUGGUUCUAUACCACGUAUAAAAUCAUACGUAAUAACAACGAACGAAGUUGAUUUAAUGAAUCGUAUUUGUGAAUGGCAUUUAAAUGAAAUUUAUAAUGUACGUUUUACACUAAAUACUGAUCAAAUGAUAGAAUGGGAUGAUCUAAUGAACUUUAUACAAAAUGCGCAAAAUCAUUUUCGUACAUCAGGCGAUUUUAAAAAUGUUCGUACACGUUCAAAAACCGUAGCAUCAAUUCCUAUUCAAUUAUCACAAUAUGUUGAGCAUAAAAAAUGGAUACCACCAUCACCAAUUGCUUAUGAACAACAACCAGUUCACCACAUUACAAAUUGCUCAAAAAUUUCAACACCGAUAACACAACAAUCAACUGUUAAAUUAAAAACAAAUACAUCUUCAAUAGAUGUUACUCCUAAUGGGAAAAUGCCAACAAUAAAUGAUACGAGACAAAUAAAUGAACAGACACAAAAACAAAAUGCCAUCAAAUAUCCACAGACAAAUUCUAUCAAAUCGCCUGCAAAUCAUGACAUUUUGAUAGUGCAUAAUAAUGAUCGAACAGUGAGUAGUCCAAUCUCGUUACCAAUUGUAUCAUCGACUUCAUCUAACAAUGAUCGACAUUCAAAUAACGAAUAUCGAAACAUAAUACCACGUCCAAAUAUAAAUAUAAGAUCAACAGAUUCCUCCAAUAUGUUAUCACAAUCAUCGCCACCAACACUUCAAUUAUCUGCUGGACUUACAAACGUUCCUUUGAGAGGAUCGCUACACAAUGCCGUCUCGUCAGUGCCUAGCUCAUCAACUGAUCGAAAUGUAAAUAGAAAUUCAUUAUCAAAAGAUCAAAAUGCAACGAGAAUCACUUCUACAUCUCCAAUUACGUCCACGACGAAUAACAUCCGUAAUAAUACCAAGAAUAAUUCAUCUUGUUUACAAAAUGGUUGUGAUAAGACCAGUUUAGGACAAAAAGACAACGAUGAUUUAUGGGAUGAAUUAUGUCCAAAUGCAUUGCGACAUGCCAAGAUUACAGGUUCUGGAUGGGUACAAAUAAACAAUGUCUACGUGCCAUAUGUAACCAAAAAUCAUCAACGAUUAGUGCCUUAUCAAGUUUUAUUGUCAUGUAAAAUAGUUGAAUCCGAUGAGUAUCUUUUAAAACAAUCCUUGACAACAUCAACAAUGGAUGAUGCUAGAUUAAUGAAUAAAAUGAUUCAUGAAGCUAAAAUUAAUAAUGAAGAAAUAACCGAUAAUUCGCCAUUGGUGAAUGUUUAUAAUGUUAUGGUUGGAACAAAAAAUUUAAUUUAUGUUAAAUUAUUACCAAAGGAUAAUCCAACAUCAAAAAUCAAUCGUCAAUAUAAAUCGGUAUUAUCAUUGCGUGGAGGAACAGUUUAUAUUGGUCAUCGUACUAUACCAUUUGUAUGUGCUGGAAAUCAUAAUUAUGUGCCGUUUCAAGAUAUUAUUGCUAUUUAUCCAACAUUAAUGUCACAAUUAAAACCAAUAUCUCGUGUACCACGGAUGCACGAAUUAGAUUAUCUUAAUCUCGUUAAACUUUAUUAUGCCGAAAAUGAUCUAUCAUCAGAUACUUUACUAGUGGAUAUGACUGAUUUAAAACAAUCACAAAUCAUAAUACCAUCAAGAAAUAUGACAUUAACUGAACAUCAUCUGAGAGAAAAGCAAAAAUUAGAAACAGAACUUAGAGAAAAAACUUUAUCAUCUACUGGUAUUAGUCAGAAACGUAAAGCUGAUAAUGAACUAGUCAACAGUCAAAAACAUGUCAAAACAAAUUCAUCAUCUAAACAACAAACAUCUUGUCGUUAUCAAACUUCACAACCGCAACCACAGCAACAGCAACAACCCGUACAAUCGACAGGUAAACGUUAUACGACAUCCGUAGUAGCACCUAAUCCUCGUUCCUAUUUUACAAUGCAACAACCACAACCAUAUUAUCCAUCCAGCACAAGAACGCAUUACUAA